AUGGGCAACGAGGCGAGCUUGGAAGGGGAAGGGCUGCCUGAAGGGCUGGCGGCGGCGAGUCCCGCGCACGCCGCGCUCCCGGCCGGCAUGGAGGCGGACCUGAGCCGGUUGAGCGAAGACGAGAGGAGACAGAUCGCCGCUGUCAUGUCAAGGGCGCAGGGGCUGCCCAAGGGAGGCGUCCCCCCGGCCGCUGCGGAGUCGCCUUCCACGCACAGGAAACAAGAGUUGGAUAGCAGUCAUCCUCCUAAGCAACCAGGAAAACCACCAGACCCUGGGCGUCCAGUUCAGCCUGGUCUCAGUAAAAGUAGAACUACAGACACUUUGAGGUCAGAGCAGAAAUUGCCUGGAAGGAGUCCUUCCACUAUUAGCUUGAAAGAAUCAAAGUCCAGGACUGAUUUUAAGGAAGAGCACAAAUCUAGUAUGAUGCCUGGCUUCCUCUCAGAGGUUAACCCUUUAAGUGCUGUCUCCUCUGUUGUAAAUAAAUUCAACCCUUUUGAUUUGAUAUCAGACUCUGACACAUCACAGGAAGAAACCGCCAAGAAACAAAAAGUAGCUCAGAAGGAACAAGGAAAACCGGAAGGAAUCACAAAAGCUCCAUCACAACAGUCACCCAAGCCAGUUCCUAAGCAACAAGGGCCUGUUAGGGACCCAAUUCAGCAAGACAGCUCUCCUAGGUCAACAUCUUCUCAGCAACCAGAAAGAAUCAAAUCACAGCCUCCAGGUACAGGAAAGCCGGUCCAGGGGCCUGCUCAGGUUCCUCAGACAGACCAGGCAAAACUGCCACUUCAGCGAGAUGCAACGAGGCCUCAGACUAAACAGUCAGAUGUAGUAAAAGGAGAAUCUGUUAAGCCCUUAUCCAAACCUCCUGUUCAGCAUACAAGUUCUGCAAAGCCUCCACCUCAGCCUGGACCUGAAAAACCACAGCCUGGAGCUACAAAGCCACCUGUCCAGCAACCAGGGCUAGCAAAGUCCUUAGCUCAACAGCCAGGAACUGUGAAGCCCCUGGCCCAGCCACCAGGGACAGCAAAGCCUCCAACUCAGCAGGCUGGGUCAGAGAAGCCUUCACCUCUGCAGCCUGGGUCUAAAUCUGUGGCUCAGCCUUCUGGGCUUGGAAAGACUCCAGCUCAACAGCCCGGGCCAGCAAAGUCCCCAGCCCAGCAGCCGGGGACACCGAAACCUCAAGCUCAACAACCUGGACCACAGUCUCCAGCUAAACCGUCUGGUCCAGUGAAGACUCCAGCUCAGCAGCCUGGCCUAGCAAAGCCCCCGCCUCAGCAGCCAGGCCCAGCAAAGCCCCCAGCUCAAAAGGCUGGUCAAACGAAGCCCCCUCCUCAACAGACUGGACAAGCAAAGCCUGCGCCUCAGCAACCUGGGCUAGCAAAGCCUGUGCCUCAGCAGCCUGGCCCAGCAAAGCCCCCAGCUCAACAGCCUGGCCCGCUAAAGCCCUCAGCUCAGCAGUCUACAAAAACAGUCUGCCAAAUGGAACCUGGGAAACCUCCGCAGGCACCAGCAACUCCAUCUGUAGCACAGACUCCAGUACAGGGCCUUCCUAAAACCAUCUGUCCUCUUUGCAAUACCACUGAACUUCUGUUGGAUGUUCCAGAAAAGGCCAAUUUUAACACGUGCACUGAGUGUCAAACCACUGUGUGUAGUCUCUGUGGCUUUAAUCCCAAUCCUCAUUUAACCGAGAUACAAGAGUGGCUCUGUUUAAACUGUCAGAUGCAGAGAGCUCUGGGAGGUGAUCUGGCUCCCCUUCCAUCUUCACCGCAGCCCAAACCACAGACUGCCCCUGUUACUUCUCCAGCAGCACCAAGAAAGACAUCCCCACCAUCACAGCAGAGUUCCCCAAAGAAGGAUAUUGCACCCAAAGAGGAUAUCCCAAGGGCUCCUGAAUCUAAAAAGCCACCACCACUAGUGAAACAGCCAACCCUUCAUGGUUCUCCCCCAGCCAUGACCAAGCAGCUCCCUGUGGCAGAGUCCUCGUCCAAGCUAGCCACUCCCAAAGAGCCUUCUGUCCCAUCUGAACAGGCCAAGGCCCCUGCUGAUGCUGAUAAAUCAAAGCAUCCCCAGACAGCGCAGCCACCCACAGGUGUUGAUGCUUCGUCAUCAGCAACAACAGAACCUGAUACCCUGAGCUCCAAAGUACAAUCAGAGACUCCAGUGAAAACAGCCCCUCCUCCAAAAACAGACUCUGCCAAACCUUCUCAAAGCUUUCCACCAACAGGGGAAAAAGUCACUGCAUUUGAUUCUCAGGUCAUCCCUCGACCUGCAUCAGAUUCAAAACUUACUUCACAUCCGGGGCCUGGUUCAGAGAGCAAAGGUCAAAAACAAGUUGAUCCAGUUCAAAAGAAGGAAGAACCUAAGAAGGCACCAACCAAAAUGAGUCCUAAACCAGAUGCCAAGCCAAUGCCAAAAGGGUCACCUGCACCUGCUGGCCCACGACCUACCACUGGCCAAACUGCCCCUGCAUCUCAGCAGCCCCCAAAGCCUCAGGAGCAGGCAAGGCGUUUCAGUCUGACCCUGGGAAGUAUUACUGACGUUCCUAAGUCACAGCCCACAACCCCUCAAGAAACCGUAACUGGGAAACUCUUUGGGUUUGGAGCAUCAAUCUUCAGCCAGGCAUCAAAUUUAAUUUCCACAGCCGGCCAGCCUGCACCUCACUCACAAGGUGGGCCAGGGGCCCCAACUAGACAAGCCCCUUCCCCUUCACAGCCACCUGCUUCUCAGGGGCCACCCAAAUCCACAGGUCAGGCACCGCCAUCACCUGCAAAGGUUGCGCCUGGGAAAAAGGAAUCAAAAGCUCCAGUAGCAGAAAAACCAGCACCUAAAACAGAGCAGUCUCCAGCAGUAAAAAGAACAGAAGCAGAAAAGAAGCCCCCAGCAACUAAGGAUAGCAAACCUUCAGCAGCAGCUGGGCCUCCAAAAACUGUCCUUCCUCCAGAACCCAAGAAAAUCCCCAAGCCAGAAUCAGCCUGUCCUCUCUGCAAAACUGAACUCAACGUGGGGUCACAGGACCCUCCCAACUUCAACACUUGCACUGAGUGCAAGAAACAAGUAUGCAAUCUCUGCGGGUUCAACCCCACACCACACUUGACUGAGAUUCAAGAAUGGCUUUGUUUAAACUGCCAGACCCAGAGAGCAAUGUCAGGCCAGCUUGGAGACAUGGGGAAGAUACCACCAACGCCAACGGGACCCAAAGCUUCCCCUACACCUCUCCUUACAGAGCCACCCUUGCAGAAAACAGCAGUGCCUGCCUCAGUAACAGUGAAAAAGAGGGAGCCAGAGGAAAAGACAGAAACCGAAAGACUCAUCCCAGAACAAAUAAAAGAAACACCUUCAACUGAAAAAGUUCCCCCUCAGGUCACCAGAGAUCAGAAGCCAGAAAUGAGCACAGGGGACAAAGACAAAGCUUCAGGUCUUCAGGAAGAAAAGUUACCCUUGGAAGAAAAAAAGCCACUACUAGAGGACAAGAAGGCAGCCCCUAAAGAGAAAAAGCCACUCCCCAAAGACGAGAAGUUACCCUUAGAGGGAAAAGCGUUGGCCCCAGAAGAAGAGAAACACGAGGUGCAGCAAACCCAGGUCCACGUUGCUGAAGAAAAGCUUGAAGACAGAUGGGCUCUGAAGACAGUGCAGGAAGAGAAAGAACCCCAGCCCCAGAAGGAAGAGCUGCCCUGUGGCACUCCUCCGACUUUGCCUGAGCAAGGUGACAGGAAGGCCAGAAAACCACAGGCAGCGCGCUUGGCCAAGCCGGAUCAGGUGGAACCAGGGAAAGAAAAAACAGAAAAGGAAGAUGACAAAUCAGACAUCUCAAGUCUUCAGCAACCUAAAAGCCCACAAGGUCUAAGCGACACAGGCUAUUCUUCUGAUGGGAUAUCGAGUUCACUUGGUGAAAUUCCAAGCCUUAUUCCAAGUGAUGAAAAGGAUUUGCUCAGGGGACUGAAAAAGGACUCUUUCUCACAAGAAAGCAGCCCUACCAGCCCCUCAGAUCUGGCUAAGUUAGAAAGCACAGUCCUUUCCAUUUUGGAAGCUCAGACAAGUACAUUUGUUGCUGAGAAGUCAGAAAAGAAAUCACAACCCCAUGAGAUUUCACCUGAGCAGCUUACAGACCAGCCAAAAAUUCAUACUGCCCCUGAAACCCUGGAAAUUGCGAUUUCAGGGGAGGAGCUCAAGGAGUGUCAGGAAGAAAAGAAAGACACAUUUAAAAAAGAUGCCCAGCAAGGCAUUCCUGCCAGUAAGGACUACAAAGCAAAGUUUGAGUUUGUUGAGGACACAGGUACAAGAAGACAGCUUUAUGAUUCCGUGGAAGACAGUAGUGAGAGUGAAAACUCGCCUGUGCCGCAAAGAAAACGGAGAACGAGCGUCGGUUCCUCAAGCAGCGAUGACUAUAAACAAGAGGACAGCCAAGGAUCUGGGGAGGAGGAGGACUUCAUUCGGAAGCAAAUCAUAGAGAUGAGUGCUGACGAAGACGCCUCCGGGUCUGAAGAUGAUGAGUUUAUCAGGAACCAGCUCAAAGAGAUCAGCAGUACUGAGAGCCAGAAGAAGGAAGAGAUGAAAGGCAAAGGGAAGAUAGUAGCAGGCAAACACAGAAGGAUAACUCGGAAAAGCAGUGCAAGCUUUGACGAUGAGGCAGGGAGACGGCAUUCAUGGCAUGAUGAAGACGAUGAGACAUUCGACGAGAGUCCUGAGCUUAAAUUCCGAGAGACUAAAAGUCAGGAGAGUGAAGAACUUGUGGUCACCGGAGGAGGUGGGCUCCGUCGGUUCAAAACCAUAGAACUCAACAGCACAAUAGCAGAGAAAUAUUCCGCUGAGCCUCCCCAGAAGAAAACAACUUUGUAUUUUGACGAAGAGCCAGAGUUAGAAAUGGAAAGUCUGACGGACUCACCGGAAGACAGGUCCAGGGGCGAGGGAUCUUCCAGUCUCCAUGCUUCCAGCUUCACUCCUGGCACGUCCCCUACAUCAGUGUCAUCGCUCGAUGAGGACAGUGACAGUAGCCCCAGCCACAGGAAAGGAGAGAGCAAGCAGCAACGCAAGGCUCGGCACAGACCACACGGCCCUCUAUUACCUACCAUUGAAGAUUCUUCGGAGGAAGAAGAACUGAGGGAGGAGGAGGAGUUGCUGAAAGAGCAGGAAAAGCAGCGGGAAUUAGAACAGCAACAAAGAAAGAGUUCGAGUAAGAAAUCCAAGAAAGACAAGGAUGAACUCCGAGCUCAGAGAAGGCGAGAAAGACCAAAGACGCCACCCAGUAACCUCUCUCCCAUCGAGGAUGCCUCUCCAACGGAAGAAUUACGUCAGGCUGCAGAAAUGGAGGAGCUCCACAGGUCUUCUUGUUCUGAAUAUUCACCUAGCAUAGAAUCAGAUCCCGAAGGUUUUGAAAUAAGCCCAGAAAAAAUAAUCGAAGUACAAAAAGUGUAUAAAUUGCCCACAGCUGUGUCUUUAUACUCACCAACUGACGAACAAGUUCUUAUGCAUAAAGAAGGUGAUCAAAAGGCCUUAAAAAGUGCUGAGGAGAUGUAUGAAGAAAUGAUGCACAAAACCCACAAAUAUAAAGCUUUUCCAGCUGCAAACGAACGAGACGAAGUGUUUGAAAAAGAGCCUUUGUACGGCGGGAUGUUGAUAGAAGAUUAUAUUUAUGAAUCGUUAGUAGAGGAUGCAUACAAUGGAUCGGUAGAUGGCAGUCUGCUAACGAGGCAAGAGGAGGAAAAUGGAUUUCUACCACAGAGAGGAAGAGAGCAAAAAAUAAGACUUCAAGAACAAAUUUAUGAAGAUCCUAUGCAGAAAAUUGCAGACCUCCAGAAAGAGUUUUAUGAGUUGGAAAGUUUGCAUGCUGUUGUGCCUCAGGAAGACAUUGUUUCAAGCUCCUUUAUCAUUCCAGAAAGCCAUGAGAUAGUGGAUCUGGGUUCCAUGGUAACUUCUACCAGUGAAGAAAAAAAGCUGCUGGAUGCUGACGCUGCCUAUGAAGAACUGAUGAAGAGGCAACAGAUGCAGUUAACACCUGGAUCCAGCCCAACGCAGCUGCCCGUUGUGGACGAUAUGACAGAGUCCACCGUGGAUUUUGACAGAGUGCCUGAUGCAUCUUUGACAUCCAGUGUUCUCUCUGGAGCAUCUCUUACAGAUUCCACCAGCAGUGCAACACUCUCUAUCCCAGAUGUUAAAAUAACCCAACAUUUUUCAGUGGAAGAAAUUGAAGAUGAAUAUGUCACUGAUUACACCAGAGAAAUUCAGGAGAUAAUUGCCCAUGAGUCACUGAUUUUGACCUACUCAGAGCCUUCAGAAAGUGCUGCAUCUGUCCCACCCUCUGAUACGCCUUCUCUCACCUCAUCUGUUUCUUCAGUUUGCACCACAGAUAGCUCCUCACCCAUCACCCUAGACAGCAUAACCACAGUUUAUACAGAGCCCGUGGACACAAUACCUAAAUUUGAAGACUCCGAGGAAGUUUCUUCAUCAACUUACUUUCCAGGCAGCAUUAUAGACUACCCAGAGGAAAUCAGUAUGUCUUUAGAUAAGUCUGCCACAUCAGAAGGUAGAACUAGUGCUGAUCAUAUUGUGAUUUCCUUAUCUGAUAUGGCACCUUCUAUCACAGAAGCUGUAGGAACCAAACCUGAGAAGCCAAUGGCUGACACUGUUUCUACUCACUUACCUGCAUCUGAAAAAGAUUCAGUGAAAAAAACCAAGAUGGAAACUGGCAAUGAAAUUAUUCUGGAAGUUUUGGAAGCUUACAAAGAUAAAAAGAAGGAGUCCGAGGCUGCGCUAACAAAAAUUAGCUCACCUGAAACCGUAUUUGUCCAGCCACCUUCUUCUAUGAUAGCCCCUCCCAUGAAGGAGCAGCUUUCAUCUCCGUACUUUUUACCCGGAGAGGUCUUUGCUCAGGAAAAACCUGCUUCUCAGUUAGCAUCCGGCAGCCCUUCUGUUACCUCUCUUCCCACUAAAACCCGCCCGUUCUUCCGAAGUUCUUCUUUGGACAUAUCAGCUCAACCUCCACCUCCUCCCCCUCCGCCUCCUCCUCCUCCUCCACCGCCUCCCCCUCCCCCUCCUCCUCCUCCAUUGCCUCCACCAACUUCACCUAAACCAACUAUUCAUCCUAAAAAAAAAAUAACAAUUACAGCUCCAGUGACUCUAGCUGCUACAGCUGCACCUCUGGUUGAUGCCAUUAGCACUGUCGAGACCACAGCUGUGCAGAGGGGUAGUGGAUUACCUGUAACAAAAUUAUGUGCCACCGCGCCUCCUCCUGUUCCUCCCAAGCCUUCUUCAAUUCCAUCUGGCCUUGUAUUUACACAUAGGCCUGAGCCAAGCAAACCUCCAAUUGCCCCUAAACCGUCCAUUCCUCAGCCUCCUGUAAUGACACAAAAACCAACAGAAAUACAGCCAAAACCAGCAGGUCUGUCUUUAACUUCAAGUAUGACCUUAAAUUUAGUGACUUCUGCAGACUAUAAAUUACCCUCCCCAACUUCCCCACUUUCCCCACACUCUAACAAGUCCUCACCAAGAUUUUCAAAAUCCCUUAUGGAAACUUACGUGGUUAUUACACUGCCAUCUGAACCUGGGACUCCAACAGAUUCUGCAGCUAGUCAAGCAAUCACCAGUUGGCCCUUGGGAUCGCCCCCUAAAGACCUGGUUUCUAUUGAGCCAGUGUUUUCUGUGCUUCCUCCUCUGACAGGUGCAGAGAUUCCAAGUUCUUCAGAACAGAUACAAUAUAGCUCAGGAGUUCUGGAGACACUCUCUGCUGCCCCUGUUAGAGUGCCACCUUCAUUUCAAGCAGCGCCACCAUCAGUUGCACAGCUUCUCACAGCCGCAGUUUCCAAGGCGGAGGUUUCGGCAGCCAGGAGCACAGUCCCUCCUGUGAGUCUUAGCAGUGUUUCUAUAUCGAUCCCUCCAGAACCUCUUGCUCUAGACGACCUACAUUCAGAGCCGCUUCAGUAUAAGGAAAAUGGAACAUUGCAACUGGUUGGUGAUGUUAUUGAUUUGCGUACAGUACCAAAAGUAGAAGGUAAAGCAACUGAAAAAGGUAUGGAUCUCUCUGCUCCCACGAUGGAUGUGAAAAGGCAGACUACAUCCAGUGAAGUUUAUGGGAGGCAAAUCAGUGCAGUCCAACCUUCUGUUAUAAAUCUCAGUGCAACUUCAUCAGUAGUGACUCCGAUAUCCCUGGACACUGAAGCAGUGACAGUUGUCACGUGCGCAGCUAGUGCAAGUUACACUGCAGGUACAGAAAGCCUAGUUAGUUUAGAACACGCAAUGACAAAACCACUUGAGCUUACCACAUCAAAGCAUACUGAACCCCCAUACAGGAUGCCAAGUAGCCAGGUCUUUCCUAUGGUUCGGGAGGAAGCACCGAUAAACUUAUCUCUAGGUACUUCAGCACAUGCCGUGACAUCUGCUGUUACAAAACCAGUCACCGUGCCUCCUGGAGCCACAAAUGGAUGGUCUGAUAGCACCAUAUCCCAGGGAAUCCCUGAUGGAGAAGUAGUGGAUCUCAGUACAACAAAGUCUCACAGAACUGUCGUAACAAUGGAUGAAUCUACUUCAAGUGUGGUGACUAAAAUUGUAGAAGAUGAUGAAAAGCCUGUUGAUUUGACUGCAGGAAGGAGAGCGGUGUGCUGUGAUGUGGUUUAUAAGUUACCUUUUGGAAGGAGCUGCACUGCACAGCAGCCUGCAACUACUCUUCCCGAGGAUCGUUUUGGUUAUAGAGAUGACCACUAUCAAUAUGACCGAUCAGGGCCAUAUGGUUAUAGAGGGAUUGGAGGAAUGAAACCUUCCAUGUCUGACACUAACUUAGCGGAAGCUGGACACUUUUUCUAUAAAAGUAAGAAUGCUUUUGAUUAUUCUGGAGGAACUGAUGCAGCAGUAGAUCUAACUUCAGGGAGAAUUACUACAGGUGAGGUAAUGGACUAUUCAAGCAAGACGACAGGUCCAUAUCCAGAAACCCGACAAGUCAUUUCAGGAGUUGGGAUUAGUACCCCACAGUAUUCCACAGCAAGAAUGACUCCACCUCCAGGACCCCAGUAUGGUGUGGGGAGUGUUUUGAGGUCAUCUAAUGGUGUUGUCUAUUCUUCAGUAGCAACUCCAAUACCUUCCACAUUUGCUAUCACCACACAGCCUGGCUCCAUCUUCAGCACUACUGUUAGGGAUUUGUCUGGUCUUCAUACCACGGAUGCAGUGGCUUCAUUAUCUGCCCUUCAACAGAGCCAGCCAAUGCCUAGAACAUAUUUCAUGACAACAGGUGCAUCCGAAACAGACAUUGCAGUAACUGGCCCUGAUAUCAAUGCCAGUUUGCAAACUAUUGCUAUGGAGACUCUUACUGCCGAAACAAUAGACUCUCUUCCCACUUUAACCACAGCAUCUGAAGUAUUUUCUGAAGUGGUGGGAGAUGAAAGUACUCUUUUAAUUGUCCCUGAGGAAGAUAAACAACAGCAGCAACUUGACUUGGAGCGUGAGCUCUUAGAACUGGAGAAAAUUAAGCAACAGCGCUUUGCUGAGGAAUUGGAGUGGGAACGCCAGGAGAUCCAAAGGUUUCGAGAACAAGAAAAGAUCAUGGUUCAAAAAAAGCUGGAGGAGCUGCAAUCUAUGAAGCAGCACCUUCUCUAUCAGCAGGAAGAAGAACGGCAAGCGCAGUUCAUGAUGAGGCAGGAGACAUUAGCUCAGCAGCAGCUGCAGCUGGAGCAGAUUCAGCAGCUGCAGCAGCAGCUUCACCAGCAGCUCGAGGAGCAGAAGAUUCGCCAGAUCUACCAGUAUAACUAUGAUCCUUCUGGAACUGCUUCCCCACAGACUACCACAGAGCAGGCAAUUUUGGAGGGUCAGUAUGUGGCCCCAGAAAGCAGUCAGUUUUGGGCAGCUGAAGAUGCCACCACCACAGCAUCCGCUGUGGUGGCAAUUGAAAUACCGCAGAGCCAAGGAUGGUACACAGUUCAGUCUGACGGUGUCACUCAGUAUAUCGCCCCACCUGGCAUCCUGAGCACCGUGUCAGAAAUACCUCUGACCGAUGUUGUUGUAAAAGAGGAGAAACAACCCAAAAAGAGAAGUUCUGGAGCCAAAGCCCGUGGGCAGUAUGAUGAGAUAGGAGAAAAUAUGGCAGACGAUCCCAGAUGUUUUAAGAAGAUAGUGGACAGUGGUGUACAAACUGAUGACGAAGAUGCCACAGAUCGGAGUUAUGUGAGUAGGAGGAGGAGAACUAAAAAAAGUGUUGAUACCAGCGUGCAAACUGAUGAUGAAGAUCAGGAUGAAUGGGAUAUGCCUUCUAGAGCAAGGAGAAAAGCUCGGGUAGGGAAAUACAGUGACAGCACAGCAGAGGCUGACAAGACCAAACCCAUUUCCAAGGUCUCCAGCGUAGCAGUUCAAACAGUAGCAGAGAUAUCUGUGCAAACCGAACCAGUUGGAACCAUAAGAACACCUUCCAUACGAGCACGAGUGGAUGCCAAGGUAGAAAUAAUUAAACACAUUUCAGCACCUGAAAAGACUUACAAAGGGGGCAGUUUAGGAUGUCAAACAGAAGCAGAUGCAGACACACAAAGUCCUCAAUAUCUGAGUGCCACAUCUCCACCUAAAGACAAGAAACGCCCAACACCUUUAGAGAUCGGUUAUUCAUCUCACCUUCGGGCAGAUUCCACACUGCAGCUGGCUCCUUCCCCACCCAAAUCUCCAAAAGUCCUUUAUUCACCCAUCUCACCACUUUCACCAGGCAAAGCCUUAGAAUCAGCCUUUGUACCUUAUGAAAAACCCCUCCCUGAUGAUAUAAGUCCACAGAAAGUACUGCAUCCAGAUAUGGCUAAAGUUCCCCCAGCAAGUCCUAAGACAGCCAAGAUGAUGCAGCGUUCUAUGUCUGACCCCAAGCCUCUGAGUCCAACAGCAGACGAAAGUUCCAGGGCUCCUUUUCAGUAUACCGAGGGCUUCACGACAAAGGGUUCUCAAACCGUGACACCAUCUGGCACUCAGAAAAAAGUUAAGAGAACUCUGCCAAAUCCACCUCCUGAGGAAGCUUCCACAGGAGCUCAGUCAACGUACAGCACAAUGGGCACCGUUUCCAGGAGAAGGAUCUGUAGAACCAAUACGAUGGCUCGAGCCAAGAUUCUCCAGGACAUAGACAGAGAGCUUGAUCUUGUGGAACGGGAAUCUGCGAAGCUUAGAAAGAAACAAGCGGAACUUGAUGAAGAAGAAAAGGAGAUUGAUGCCAAGCUGCGGUACUUGGAAAUGGGAAUUAACAGGAGGAAAGAGGCAUUACUAAAGGAGAGAGAAAAGAGAGAGCGAGCCUACCUGCAAGGCGUAGCCGAGGAUCGUGAUUACAUGUCUGACAGUGAAGUGAGCACUGCCAGACCAACCCGAAUAGAAAGCCAGCAUGGCAUUGAGCGACCCAGAACUGCUCCUCAACCUGAAUUCACCCAGUUUAUACCACCACAAACCCAAACGGAAUCUCAGCUAGUUCCUCCUACAAGUCCUUACACACAAUACCAAUACUCUUCCCCUCCUCUUCCUACCCAAGCACCCACCCCAUACACCCAGCAAUCCCAUUUUCAGCAACAAACGUUGUACACUCAGCAGGUUUCACCUUAUCAGACCCAACCAACAUUCCAAGCUGUGGCAACAAUGUCCUUCACACCUCAAGCGCAACCUACACCAACCCCACAACCUUCUUACCAGUUACCGUCACACAUGAUGGUAAUUCAGCAGAAGCCACGGCAGACUGCAUUGUAUCUGGAGCCCAAGAUAACUUCAAACUAUGAAGUGAUUCGCAACCAGCCCCUCAUGAUAGCACCUGCUUCUACUGAUAACACAUAUGCUGUUUCCCAUCUUGGUAGUAAGUACAAUACUUUAGACUUGAGAAUAGGUUUGGAGGAAAGAAGUAGCAUGGCAAGCAGUCCUAUAUCCAGCAUAUCUGCAGAUUCUUUCUAUGCAGAUAUUGACCAUCAUACUUCACGUAACUAUGUUCUAAUUGAUGACAUUGGAGAAAUUCCCAAAGGUACAGCAGCAUUAAGCACUGCAUUUAGUCUUCAUGAGAAGGAUCUGUCAAAAACGGACCGUCUGCUCCGAACCACUGAGACUCGUAGAUCUCAAGAAGUGACAGAUUUCCUAGCACCUUUACAGACUUCUUCCAGGUUACAUAGUUAUGUGAAAGCAGAGGAAGACCCAAUGGAGGAUCCAUAUGAGUUAAAGCUUCUGAAACAGCAGAUUAAACAAGAAUUCCGUAGAGGGACGGAGAGUUUAGAUCACCUUGCUGGUCUCUCGCAUUAUUAUCAUGCAGAUACUAGUUAUAGACAUUUUCCAAAAUCUGAAAAAUAUAGCAUUAGUAGACUCACACUUGAAAAACAAGCAGCAAAACAGCUACCAGCAGCCAUACUGUAUCAAAAGCAGUCAAAGCAUAAGAAAUCACUAAUUGACCCCAAAAUGUCAAAAUUUUCACCUAUUCAAGAAAGUAGAGACCUAGAACCUGAUUAUUCAAGCUAUAUGACUUCGAGUACUUCAUCUAUUGGUGGGAUUUCUUCGAGGGCAAGGCUUCUUCAAGAUGACAUCACUUUUGGCCUUAGAAAAAAUAUUACAGACCAGCAAAAAUUUAUGGGAUCAUCUCUUGGCACAGGACUGAGCACAUUAGGGAAUACUAUACGGUCAGCUCUGCAGGAUGAAGCAGAUAAGCCUUACAGUAGUGGCAGCAGGUCCAGACCUUCCUCCAGACCUUCUUCUGUUUACGGGCUUGAUUUGUCAAUUAAAAGAGAUUCUUCCAGCUCCUCACUAAGACUGAAAGCUCAAGAGGCUGAAGCUCUAGAUGUUUCCUUCACUCAUGCCUCAUCAUCUGCAAGAACUAAGCCUACUAGUUUGCCAAUUAGCCAGAGUAGAGGAAGAAUACCAAUCGUGGCCCAGAAUUCUGAAGAAGAAAGUCCACUCAGUCCUGUUGGCCAACCAAUGGGAAUGGCAAGGGCUGCAGCUGGACCCUUGCCGCCAAUAUCAGCAGAUACCAGGGAUCAGUUUGGGUCAAGUCAUUCAUUGCCUGAAGUUCAGCAACAUAUGAGAGAAGAAUCAAGGACUCGUGGCUAUGACCGUGACAUAGCAUUCAUCAUGGAUGACUUCCAACAUGCCAUGUCAGAUAGUGAAGCCUAUCACCUGCGUCGUGAGGAAACAGAUUGGUUUGAUAAACCCAGGGAGUCUCGUUUGGAAAAUGGACACGGUCUGGACCGAAAACUGCCAGAAAGAUUGGUCCACUCUAGACCACUCAGUCAACAUCAAGAGCAAAUUAUCCAGAUGAACGGGAAGACUAUGCACUACAUCUUUCCUCAUGCCAGGAUAAAAAUAACAAGAGACUCUAAGGAUCACACAGUUUCAGGUAAUGGAUUAGGAAUUAGAAUUGUGGGUGGCAAAGAAAUCCCUGGACAUAGUGGAGAAAUUGGAGCCUAUAUUGCCAAGAUUCUUCCUGGGGGAAGUGCAGAACAGACAGGGAAACUUAUGGAAGGGAUGCAAGUAUUGGAAUGGAAUGGAAUUCCUUUAACUUCUAAAACAUAUGAAGAAGUGCAGAGUAUCAUUAGUCAGCAAAGUGGGGAAGCAGAAAUAUGUGUAAGACUGGACCUCAAUAUGCUAUCAGAUUCAGAAAAUCCUCAGCACCUGGAGCUUCAUGAGCCACCAAAAGCUGUGGACAAAGCAAAAUCCCCAGGAGUUGAUCCUAAGCAGCUGGCUGCAGAGCUCCAGAAGGUUUCGCUACAGCAGUCACCUCUGGUUCUGUCAUCGGUCGUUGAAAAAGGAUCUCACGUGCAUUCGGGUCCUGCGUCAGCAGGAUCUAGUUCAGUCCCCAGCCCUGGGCAGCCAGGGUCACCCUCCGUGAGCAAAAAGAAGCACAGCAGCAGCAAGCCUACUGAUGCAACAAAAGUAGUCUCUCAUCCAAUUACGGGGGAAAUUCAGCUUCAAAUCAACUAUGAUCUUGGAAAUCUCAUAAUACAUAUUCUCCAAGCAAGAAACCUUGUUCCUCGUGACAAUAACGGUUAUUCUGAUCCGUUUGUUAAAGUGUACCUGCUUCCUGGGCGAGGUCAAGUCAUGGUUGUCCAGAAUGCAAGUGCUGAGUACAAGAGAAGGACUAAAUAUGUUCAGAAAAGUCUUAACCCCGAGUGGAAUCAGACAGUAAUUUAUAAAAGCAUUUCUCUGGAACAGCUCAAGAAGAAAACACUGGAGGUGACAGUUUGGGAUUAUGAUAGAUUUUCUUCCAAUGACUUCCUUGGGGAGGUACUGAUUGACUUAUCUAGCGCAUCUCACCUUGAUAACACUCCCAGGUGGUAUUCUCUCAAAGAACAAACAGAAAGCAUUGAUCAUGGCAAGUCUCACUCCAGUCAGAGCAGCCAGCAGUCCCCAAAGCCAUCUGUCAUCAAGAGCAGAAGCCAUGGUAUCUUCCCUGACCCAUCUAAGGACAUGCAGGUUCCCACCAUUGAGAAAUCCCACAGUAGUCCUGGUAGCUCAAAGUCCUCAUCUGAAGGCCAUCUCCGCUCUCAUGGACCAUCCCGCAGUCAAAGCAAGACCAGCGUCACUCAGACCCACCUGGAAGAUGCAGGGGCUGCCAUAGCCGCUGCCGAAGCCGCUGUGCAACAACUCCGCAUUCAACCAACAAAGCCUACCAAUCACCGCCCUGCAGAAGGCUCCGUGUCCACUGGCUCCUCGGGCAGCAGCUUUGGCAGUGGGUAUAGCAUGGACAGCGAGGGAAGCAGCAGCACUACAGGAGAGACUAAUCUAUUUCCUAUUCCAAGGAUAGGGAAGAUGGGACAGAAUGGACAAGAGCCUGUAAAACAGCCAGGAGUAGGAGUAGGACUAGCAGAUACUGAGGUUAAAACUCAGGUAAUGGGAGAAAUUAAGAUCGCAUUGAAAAAGGAAAUGAAGACAGAUGGUGAACAACUAAUAGUUGAAAUUCUCCAAUGCAGAAAUAUCACCUACAAAUUUAAGUCUCCUGAUCAUUUACCAGAUUUAUAUGUGAAACUAUAUGUAAUGAACAUCUCUACCCAAAAAAAGGUGAUCAAGAAAAAAACAAGAGUAUGUAGACAUGAUCGAGAGCCCUCAUUCAAUGAGACUUUUAGAUUCAGUCUAAGUCCUGCUGGACAUUCUCUUCAGAUUUUACUUUUCUCCAAUGGAGGGAAGUUUAUGAAAAAGACCUUGAUUGGUGAAGCUUGUAUCUGGCUUGACAAAGUGGAUCUCAGAAAAAGAAUAGUCAACUGGCACAAACUUUUGGUCAGUUCUACUCAAACGCACUGA